CAACCGGAUAUGUAUUCUCAACUGGCAACUUGAUGUCCAUUUUUGGGCUUGGUUCUUGGUUACACUCAAUGUUUUCUACUUUUGGAAUAAAAAGGUAACACAAAUGAAAGAUUAGAUUAAACUUUUAGCAGAAAUGGCCCAAGAACAACAGCCUCACUGGUCGGAUGUUUUAAAAAGGAGGCUGGGAAACCCUAAAAAAGACGACAGAAGCGAUGAGGAGAAGAAAGCAGAAGAAACAGAGUUGUUUACUAAAUAUUACACGGAGUGGAAAGGAGGAGGAGACGGAGACAAGUCCUACAAGAACAUCCCUCGAUUCUACUUUAGGCUACCAGCAGAGGAUGAGAUCUUGCUGCAGAAGCUGAGAGAGGAAUCCAGGGCUGUCUUUUUGCAGAGAAAGAGCAGAGAGCUGCUGGAUAAUGAGGAGCUGCAGAACCUGUGGUUUCUGCUUGAUAAGCAUCAGGUUCCUCCUGUGAGUGGAGAGGAGGCCAUGAUCAGCUAUGAAGCCUUCCUGCAAGUGAGCGAGAAGGCCGGGCCAAAGUGCAAUAAAUUCUUCACAGCCAGAGUGUACGCCAAGCUGCUCGUCAGCGACCCCUAUGGAAGGAUCUCCAUCAUGCAGUUCUUUAACUACGUCAUGAGAAAAGUAUGGCUGCAUCAGACACGGAUCGGUCUGAGUCUGUACGAUGUUGCCGGACAGGGCCACCUCAGAGAAUCGGAUCUGGAGAACUACAUCCUGGAGCUCAUUCCCACUCUGCCUCAGCUGGACGGACUGGAGAAAUCCUUUUACUCUUUCUACGUCUGCACAGCUGUUCGCAAGUUCUUUUUCUUCCUCGACCCUCUCCGAACAGGAAAGAUAAAAAUCCAGGACAUACUGGCCUGCAGUUUUCUGGAUGACUUAUUGGAGCUGAGAGAUGAAGAGCUCUCUAAAGAGAGUCAGGAGUCCAACUGGUUUUCAGCUCCCUCUGCUCUCAGAGUCUACGGUCAGUACCUCAACCUGGAUAAGGACCACAACGGCAUGCUGAGCAAAGAGGAGCUCUCACGCUACGGCACAGCUACGCUCACCUCCGUCUUCCUGGACAGAGUGUUUCAGGAGUGUCUCACCUAUGACGGAGAAAUGGACUAUAAGACCUAUUUAGACUUUGUGCUGGCGUUGGAGAACAGGAAGGAGCCUGCAGCGUUACAGUACAUCUUUAAACUUCUGGACAUGGAGAAUCAAGGAUACCUCAAUGUCUUCUCCCUCAACUAUUUCUUCAGGGCCAUUCAGGAGCAGAUGAAGAUCCACGGUCAGGAGCCGGUCACCUUCCAGGAUGUCAAGGAUGAGAUCUUUGACAUGGUGAAGCCUAAAGACCCCUAUAAGAUCACCCUGCAGGAUUUGGUAAACAGCUGCCAGGGUGACACAGUUACCAGCAUCCUGAUCGACCUCAACGGCUUCUGGACCUAUGAGAACAGAGAGGUGCUGGUUGCAAACGACAGCGACAGCAGCAACACAGCCGACCUCGACGACACCUGAAGAAGAUUUUGAGACAUCCUUGUCACUGGAAGAUCGUGGUUUCAGUCCCAGCCUGAAAUCAAAGAGUCCAGAUGAAGUGACCGAACUGAACUGAACUGAAUGAACCUGCUGCUGGCUCAUGUCCUGUUGGUUAAACUGGAGCUAACUGUUACAGUUAAAGGAAGACAGAAUGAAGGAGCAAAACCAGACCAGGUGCUUUGUGUAAAACUUGUUAUAGUUGUUCCCUUUUUUACCUUGUAAAGAAAUACUUUAACUACUUUUUCAUCAGUCACCUCUUCCAUUGAAUAUGACCUUUUCUUACAACUUAUAAAUGUUCCACUUUAAGUUUUACCAUAGAGGCACUGCUGCUGAAAUAAAACUUAAAGAGGUUA